AUGACACGCCAAAAAGAGGAAGAAUUCCAAGUGGGCGAUAUGCCUAAUUUGAGCGGCUACAUUGCAAUCGUAACGGGCGGCAAUUCUGGUAUUGGAUACGAAACAACGCUUCAGUUGGCCAAUCAUGGAGCCCGAGUAUAUAUUGCAAGCAGAUCUCAAACCCGUGUCGAUGCAGCAAUCAAGACGAUGAAAACUGGAAACAAUGGCCUAGACAUUCAUUUUCUCAAGCUAGACUUGCAGGAUCUUCAGAGUAUCAAGACUACGGUUGAGGAAUUUUCGAGGAAGGAAACUCGUCUUGAUAUCCUUAUAAAUAAUGCCGGCAUUAUGGCAUGUCCUUUCGAGUUAACCAAAGAUGGACACGAACUGCAAUGGCAAACUUGUUUUCUCGGGCACCAUGCUUUAACAAUGUGUUUACUACCUCUACUACAUUCAGCCGCUCAAAAAAGCAGCAGUAAUGAUCGAGUCAGAAUUGUAAAUGUCUCAAGCGAUGCUGCUGCAAGCAUGGGACUGGAUAGCAUCAAUUACAAAGAUCCUAAUAUGGCUGACUUGAGAGGAGUAACAGCGCCAUGGAAACGUUAUGGCCAUUCGAAGCAAGCUAGUAUCAUUGCUGCCAAGGCCAUUACAGACCGUUAUAGAGAUAAGGGUAUCACGGCAUAUUCUUUGCACCCGGGCAUAAUCAAGUCGAAUCUUCAGAGUCAUGAUACUUCAUUCCUUGGAAUGCUGACUCGUGCAGCGAUCAGAGUGAUGCCAACUCUUUCACCCGCCGAUGGGGCACGUACCAGUUUGUAUUGUGCUACGAGCCCCAGUGCAUCCUUGUUCGCUGGCCGAUAUUUCAUACCAUUUGGUAAAAUUGGGACGAAGGAAAAUAAAUGGUUGGAUGAUGCCAAAGCUGUAAACGGGCUUUGGACACUCGCAACUAAUCAGCUCAAGGAUCAUGGUUUUGUAAUUGAGGAUAUUGGUGGUAACGUUGAUGGGUGA